AUAUAUAAGAACUAAUAAGAAGUGUGUAUUAUUCAUGUGCACUAGUGCGUCUGCGUGUGGUGUGUGUGUGUGUGUGUGUGUGUGAGAGAGAGAGAGAGAGGUUUUGGCUAACUGUGUAUGAAAGGAAAAGCCGAAGACAAAGCCGGCUAAAACUCUGUUCACAAUACACGGUGUUUUGUCAAUUAGAUUCUACAAUCUGUCAAAACUAAAUUACUGCAACUUCCCCUAAAUUUGUUUCCGGCCCUUUUUCCUUAUAUUUUUCUUCUUGUUUUUUAACUUCAAAAUCUUGCACUGUGUGCUGAGUCUUCUUCAUCUUUGUUGCCCCCUGUUGUUAAUGUUUACUUCCUUUUUGUUCUAUAGAAAAGGAUCAUAGAAAGCUUGGAUUUUUAUUGAAUUCAGACCAUACCCAAUUCAAUUUUUGGGGGUGUUUAUGGUGGGAUUGAAUUGAAGAAAUGAGAAAUUAGUUUAUUGUUGGUGUAAAUCUGGUUUGGUUAAAAACAAGGGUUGAAGGAAGAUUUGAUCUUUGAGAGAGAUAGAUGGGCUGUUUUCCUUGUUUUGAUUCAAGAGAAGAGCAGAAGCUCAAUCCCAAUAAAGAUAGGGAUGAUCACAAUGAAGUUCAAACAGCUAUCCCUUCCAAUAUAUCAAAGCUAUCUUCUGGGGGAGAUAGGCUGAAGUCGAGGAGCAAUGUUGGCCCUAAGAGGGAGGCAUCAGCCCUGAAGGACUUGCCCGAUUCUCAGAUUGCUGCGCAAACAUUUACUUUCCGUGAACUAGCUGCUGCCACCAAUAACUUCAGGCCAGAGUCUUUCCUAGGAGAGGGAGGAUUUGGACGUGUAUACAAAGGGAGGCUUCAUAAUGGUCAGGUUGUUGCUGUUAAGCAGUUGGAUAGAAAUGGGCUUCAGGGUAACAGAGAAUUUCUCGUUGAGGUUCUAAUGCUCAGCCUUCUCCACAAUCCUCACUUGGUGAAUUUGAUGGGUUAUUGUGCUGAUGGGGAUCAGAGGCUUCUGGUAUAUGAAUUUAUGCCGUUGGGAUCAUUAGAAGAUCACCUCCAUGAUCUUCCACCCGACAAAGAGCCCCUUGAUUGGAGCACAAGAAUGAAGAUAGCAGCCGGUGCGGCUAAAGGAUUGGAGCAUCUCCACGACAAGGCGAAUCCUCCUGUUAUUUAUAGAGAUUUCAAGUCGUCCAACAUAUUACUAGGCGAAGGGUUUGUUCCAAAGCUUUCGGACUUUGGACUGGCGAAGCUGGGUCCUACAGGGGACAAGUCACAUGUAUCCACCAGGGUGAUGGGAACUUAUGGUUACUGUGCUCCUGAAUAUGCUAUGACAGGGCAAUUGACAGUAAAGUCGGACGUUUACAGUUUUGGAGUUGUCUUCUUAGAGAUCAUCACGGGGCGGAAAGCCAUUGACAGCACCAGACCUCAGGGCGAACAGAACCUCGUUGCAUGGGUGCGGCCGUUUUUUAACGACCGUAAAAAGUUUGCUAAAUUGGCAGAUCCGAGGCUGCAAGGAAAAUUUCCGAUCCGUGGGCUUUAUCAAGCCCUAGCCGUGGCUUCCAUGUGCAUCCAGGAACAGGCUGCUGCUCGUCCCUUGAUAGGUGAUGUGGUAACGGCCCUCUCUUACCUAGCAAAUCAGUCGUACGAUCCGGGUCAUAGCAACAAAGACGAACGUGGCGGGAAGCUACUGAGGAACGAGGAGGGCGCUGGGUCUGGAAGAAAAUGGGAUGUGGAGGGAGGAUCCGAGAGGGAUGACUCUCCUAGAGAGACCGCCAAAAUGUUGAACCGCGACCUCGACAGGGAACGAGCUGUUGCAGAGGCGAAAAUGUGGGGCGAGAACUGGAGAGAAAAGAGGCGCCAAACCGCGCAAGGUAGUAGUUUUGAUGCCAACAACGGCUAGCUCUGCUUCUGCUGCUACAUUAUAGAUUCCCAUUUUACCCCCCCCAGCUUCCCCUUUGUCUGUGGAAGAAGCAUCACCAUUUAAUGGAGUUGAAUCUUUUUUUAGAGGUCUCUCCAUCCACAAAGAGUGUAUAUUUUCGAUAGCAGAAGCUGUGCAAGUUUUGAGAGUAAAAGCAGUUGCGCUUCUGCUGUUUGUAAAGCUUAUGUGGAAGUCUGAGGGAUUUCUUGUGUCUAACUUUCAACUCGUUCAUGUCUCAUGCCACUAUUUUUGCUUCU